GUCAGUCCAAUCGAGGCCGGCGGGAUUAGGCGAGAGGCGUGGAGUACCAUGUGCUCCGGUGCUCACGAGCUCUCCGUACCCGUCAAGACUCAAGAGGAGGUGGGGGAUGUCGAGCCUGUCAAUGCCGGUGCAAACAAGGCGCAGGCUUCGCUUCAAUUCGCAGUGGCCGAGGCGGGACAAAGAAUUCAGGUGUCGCGGAUUGCCAUCGAGACGUGCAGGAAUGCCAUCUUCUCAGCUCGGGGACUGUCGCACACAUGGAGGCAGAGAGCGAUGACAGGACUGACAUGUCCUUGCGGCGAGAGCGUGCCGUCAUCGCAGCACAAGCUUGUCAAACUUGUCGGAGUCGAAAAUCCAAAUGUGAUGAACAAAGGCCCAAGUGCGGCCUCUGUCGGCGGCUCAGUGUUGAGUGUGUCUACCGGGAACCUCAGCCUACNAAAAAAGGACAAGACCAUGAUCUACAUUCUUCAGACUUUGCAACGGCUCGAGAACAAGUUCGAUACCCUAUACGUAUCGAAACCCUCGACUCCGGCGAGCAAUACCGACUGGAGCACUUCACAAUCUGGACCGCGUCCCCCAGGUGUCAAUGGUACCAUGGGCGCUUCCGGCUCUAACGAAUCUCACGUAUCCUCUGAUAGCGAAAUACGCCCAGGAGGUCGUAUGGGAUCUCAAUCAUCGUUUCCUCCGGACAUGCUGCGCACUUAUCAACACUUGACCGUGGCUCACAAAGUCUUGCUUUGGCCAUCAAUAUACCUCCAUAUCCUGAAUUCUGGAAUCGCCGUGGCCUCGGAUCUACAAUACGUGCUCCAAGAAGGGACACCUUGGUUCAUCCAUCUCGAACUACACAAGCACCCAAAGACGCUUCCCUGGGAUACCGAUAUGCGAACAUAUCCAAUGCCUAGCAGUACUGGAGAGAUGAGAGCUGGCUUUAUAGGUUUGACGCCAGAGAACGUGCGGAGAAUGAGUGAUGCAUACUUUAGUACCUUCAACAUUCUGUUCCCGAUUCUCGACAGGCAGAUGUUUCUCGAAGACAUCCUCGAGCCGGUCUUGCGAAACGGAUUUGCGGACUGCGAUCCUCAAGGCUGCCUUGUACUACUUGUCUUAGCUCUUGGUCAAACCGCCAUCGAUGGUGUUUAUGGCUCUCCAAUCAGCAUCAUUGAGGGCAAUCCCAGUGGUCUACGUGGAGGCACAUCGGAGAGACCACCUGGUCUAAAUCUUUUCAACGAGGCUCGAAGGCGUAUGGGAUUCAUUAUGCAUCAAUGCACGCUCGAGAAUGUGCAAAUACAUCUGCUCGAAUCCGCGUACUAUGAAGCUUGCGCUCGACACAUGUAUUCCGAUUGCCUAGCAGCUAACCAGCUGCCNAGUGAAUCUGUUGACUGGUCCACACCACGAGCCGACCUCAUAAAGCGUGCAUAUUGGGCGUGUAUGCUCAGCGAAGAAUUGGUCGCGCGAAUCCACGAGUCAAUACAUUGCUGUAAGUAUCUCUUCGAGAAGGAGCGGGCAGCAGCUGACUACGUGCANGCGUCCAAUGCGGCGGCCGAGCUAUCUGAGGACUACGGUGGUCCACCGGUGCACGUUAUCAAGGAACUGGCCCGACAGUUGGAGUCGUGGCGCUCGCUUCUUCCCCGACCUCUCCAAUGGUCGGACAAUGACAAGACAGAAUUUCCAAACAUGGGAUCGACAGGAGGACACGGUACAGACUCACUCUUCUCGAUGGACCAAGGAUCUGUCCCGAUCAACCACCGAGACAACCUGGACAUCAUGACAGCACAACUAAGGACGCAGUUCUACUACGCUCGGUUUAUGAUUUACCGGCCAUUUGUUUACAAAGCGUUGCACUUCCCUGAACUGAUGACGGAAGAGGAUCAAAUAUGCUGUGCUCUCGCGAUACAGUCUACGUGUCUAUGGCCGUUAAUCCUUGCGCCGCCCAAGAACAAGAAACGACUGGUGCCACACCUGUUUACGUGGACGCAAAAUUUUGUGGGCAUAUUGCUCAUACUGCGCAUGACGACGGAGAACGAAUGCUUGAAGAAGAUAUGUAACGAGAGAGUGAACCGAAAGGACCUGGAGCAGACGACGACAUUGAUACUGGAAUGGAUCCAGGACAUCAAACAAGUAGACGGGAUUGCAGAGUGGAGCUGGAAGAUGCUGGGGCCGCUGUACUCGAGGCAUGGAUAG